AUGGGUUUCGUCCCAGGGAGUAUGAAAAGUGAUAUUCCGGCAAAUUCAUACCCAUAUGACGACUUACAAAACAAGGAGUCACCUAAUUACGCUGGUUCAGUAUCCUCAGAGGCUUCCUCAGACAACGCCUCGGUAGAUCACGGUGCCGAAGAAUCUUACUCCUCGACCCCACAAAAUAAUCAAUCAAAAGGAAAUGGUAAACGCGCCAGAAAAUUGUUAACGGAAGAGCAGAGUCGUGUCUUGCACGAUCUCCUGCGACGAACUAGUUUUCCGUCAACACAAGUCCGUCAGGAAGUAGCUGCUCAGCUGGGGCUUUCUCCCCGAAAGGUUCAGGUCUUUUUUCAAAACAAGAGACAAAAGCAACGAAAGAAGUCUACCUUGUCAAUGCCGACUCAGGUCAAAAUGACUGAGAGCCAACGCAUGUUGCAGGCGCGUAGUGCUGAAGCGAGCCCUGUUCAACAAAAUGACACCUAUCCUCGUAACUUAUCUCCUCUGUCACAAACUCAACUUCAUGGAGACAUUCGCGACGUGACCCCCUCUAUAUCUUUGAACACGAACACUUCGCCCCCCAGCAUUCAGCAUUAUCAUCCCCCGCACUCACUCCCGUUUAAGUGGCCACAUUCUUAUUCAGAACCUCGACGUGCUUUUGAACGACCUUAUUGGCAUGAAUCUCGGUAUGAUCGCAAAGACUUUAAUGCAUCUGGCUUCUUCAAGGCGAGUCCAGACUUGACUACUUCACGCUCGACCCCCCCUUAUACCCGUGAGCUUUAUAUGAAUCAGAACGCCUCACGAAUUUUGCCACCCAUUGUAUCUAAUAUUCGAACAAGCAACACAAAACUGCCCAGCAUUGAUGAGGUUGUGUCUCGGGCACCAUACUGA